UAAACCAACCGGGUUGGAUUUCAAUCGAAAUUUAAUGAUCACCAGAAGUGACACUUCGGGGAAGAAGUGUUGCUGUGGGGCAGGAGAACCCUGGGGGCGCAGUGCCUGUGAGAUCACAGCAGGGAAUGCAGCCAUGGUUCCAUGGGCAGCCUGGCCCUGGCACUGCCAGCUCCAGGAGCAGUCAGGAGGGCAGAUGGACACGAGCCACAAGGUAAAGGUCACUCUCACAGGCUCUUCCCCCGUGCCCGGCAGCCCCGCGGAGCUGCGGCCAUGCUGAAGCCCGCCGUGGUCAUAGACAGCGGCAGCUGCUUCACUCGGGGCGGUUUCGCCGGCCAGGAGCAGCCCCAGACCGUGCUGCGGACGGUGCUGCUGGAUCCCUGCGGAGCGGACAGCGCCGGGGACGGCCAGAGCGCGGCCGCGCCGCGCUGCUACCCGCUCCGCUACGGCGUGGUUGAGGACUGGGACGGCAUGAGCACGCUGUGGAGGCACCUGCUGCGCUGCUGCCUCAAGGUGCAGCCCGAGGAGCACCCGGUGCUGCUGGCCGAGUCGCCGUCCUGCCCGGCCGGCGACAGGCAGCGUGCGGCCGAGGCGCUGUUCGAGGGGCUGGGCGUGCCGGCGCUGCACCUGGCCAGCUCGGGGCUGCUGUCGCUGUGCGCGCACGGCAGGGUCAGCGGGCUGGCCCUGGAGGCGGGCGCGGCCCUGUGCCACAGCACGGCCGUGUGCUCCGGCCGCACCCUGCGGGGCAGCACCCGCUGCCUGGCGCUGGCCGGGGAGCACCUGAGCCGGCACCUGCAGCGCCUGCUGCUGCGCGGCCCCGCCGAGCUGCCCGCGCUGCGGGCGCUCACCGGCCGGGCGCUCACCCACAUGAAGGAGCAGUGCUGCUACGUGUCGCUGGACUACGAGGGAGAGCUGCUGGAGGAAGGCUGCCGGCAGCCAGCCCGGUUCCGGACCCCCGACGGGCGCUGGAUCACGCUGGGCAAGGAGCGGUUCUGCUGCCCCGAGCCGCUGUUCCGGCCGGAGCUGCUGCAGCACAGCUGCCCCGGUCUGCACCAGCUGGCCAGGCAGAGCCUGCACAGCGCGCCCGAGCACGCCAGGAGGCACCUGCUGGGCAACAUCGUGCUCUCGGGGGGCUCCUCCCUGUUCCCCGGCUUUCCCGAGAGGAUGUGCCUGGAGCUGAACCUGCUGCUGCGCGGCGCGGGCGCGCCCGUCGAGGUGCUGGCCAACCCCCGGAGGGGCACGGCAGCCUGGGCUGGGGGCUCCAUGGCAGCCUCGCUCACCUCCUUCCAGCGCUCCUGGAUGACCAAGGCAGAGUACCAGGAGCACGGCGCCGAGUACGUGCACACCAGGUUCCAGUAGAGGGGAGCCACCCCGGGCACUGCGGAACACUGCCCCGGGCACUGUGAAACACUGCCCUGGGCACUCUGGAACACUGCCCUGGGCACUGUAACACUGCCCUGCCCCGGCACAGCUGCAGCGCUGCAGAGCAAUUAAAGUGCCCCAAAACAAACACAGUG